AUGUAUAAAGUAACUGCAUCAUCCGCUAUCCGUCGGUUCUCCACAAAUUCUCGUGUACUUGCCAACUAUGGAUUUGUCGGAUUAGGACAAAUGGGUCAACAUAUGGCCAGACACAUUUACAACCAAUUGGAAGCUGACGACAAAUUGUACGUGUAUGAUACUUUACCUGCAUCAGUUGACAAUUUCGUCACCACUGUAACUCAACAAGAUGCCACCAACAAGGACAAAUUGGUUACCUUGCCUGAUUUAAAGAGUUUUGUUACUGGUGUUGAUGGACAAUUGGAUUUCAUCGUGACCAUGGUUCCUGAAGGUAAGCAUGUCAAGGGUGUUGUUGAAGAGAUUGUCACUAGCUUUGAAGAAAAUGGAUACAGCCCUGAUUACAAAACUACCAUUAUUGAUUCGUCAACUAUUGAUAUUCCAACCAGUAGAGAGGUGCACAAAUACGUCAAGGAAACCUUGCCUGAAUUUGACUUCAUUGAUGCUCCAGUCAGUGGAGGUGUUGCUGGUGCCAGAAAGGGUACGUUGUCAUUUAUGUUGAGUAGAGAAACGCAUCAAGAUGUUUCACCAGCAUUGACCACCUUGUUGAACAAGAUGGGUAAAAACAUUUUCCCAUGUGGUGCCAACCACGGUGCUGGGUUAGCUGCUAAAUUAUCCAACAACUACUUGCUUGCCGUUACCAACAUUGCGGUUGCCGAUUCAUUCCAAUUGGCCAAAGCCUUUGGACUCAAUUUACAAAACUAUGCCAAAUUAGUUGCUGUAUCCACCGGUAAAUCAUGGGCUUCAGUUGAUAACUGUCCUAUCCCCGGCGUCUACCCUGAAAACAACUUGCCCGCUGAUGUAGGUUACCAAGGUGGAUUUAUUACCAAGUUGACGAGAAAAGAUGUGGUUUUGGCCACCGAUUGUGCCAAGGACCAAGGCAGAUUUUUGUUUUUGGGAGAUGCUGGUAGAUACUGGUACGACAAGGCUUGUGAGCGUGAAGAUAUUGCCAACCGUGAUUUGGCCGUGUUGUAUGAAUGGUUGGGCGAUUUGAAACAAGAAGCUGAUGGAACUGUUGUUGAUACUAAAGUUUCUAAAUAA